AUGUCUGGCUGUAGUUACGAACCUGGAAAACCUUACUUCGUUUGGUACUGUUGUAACUGCUUCGAUGGGCCACUCAGUGAGAUUAAUAUUGGAUGUCCUAUGUGCGGGCACUUGAGAUGCAAUGGGGCUACACCCUCUAUAAUUCGCCAGCAUCCUGUGUCGACUUACUCAGUCAUCGCAACGCCAGACACCGUCGUGCCGACUAGUUCGCCAUCUACUACUUAUCAUGGAAAAGAUGUGUCGACCCUGUUUCCUCCUCCAAAGUCACCUGUUGACACAGCGGGUUACCAAGAUAAAGAUGUUUCAACUCUUCUUCCGCAGUCACUAAAGCAGUCAACUGAGCUCGCUUUCCGUACUUCCAAAGGACAGAUUCAGGUCGAGCAUCAUUCCUCUGGCGAACCUGAGAAGAGUACCACAACCGAUGCCGAACGCUCUUCGUCUGCGGCAAACUUUCCUGUUCCCCGUAAUCCGAUCGGUACUCCAAUGGCUCACGAGUCCCCAAAAAGCAGUGUCGCAGUAGUCUUCACUGAUUCCGAUACUGACAGCGAACAACCUGCUUCUACGAGCCCCUAUUCCAGCCCAGAGAGCAUUGCUUCCAUCGGCCGCAGGAUCUCUCAACACACUCGACGUGUAGUCAAUCAUAUCAUGAACAAUCUACAUUUCGAUUUUGACCUUGCGCGUGGUCUUAUCACUUGUACGGGUGGAGAUGAUAGCUAUGGGCCAAGCUCAACACCAAGUACUGGCCCCGAAGUUAGCUGGAUAUCAGGUCGAGGAUCGGGACGCGGGCAGCGGAAACGUAACCUGGGGCAUGAUGGCUCGGAAUCGCCUGACGAUGAUCAAGACGAAGGCCAUAAACGGCCCAAACCAAAUACCGGUUUUCCAGCUACUGGAGACACGUCAGAUCGGAAGCUGGCUUGCCCGUACUUCAAGCGUAACCCUAGUAAACACAACCAAUGCAGCUCUUGCAGUGGUCCAGGCUUCCCUACUGUGGCUCGCAUGAAAUUUGAAUACACACCAAAGAGAAUUGCAAGGGUGCCAGCUAGGACAGCUCCAGCCGAAUCAGAGGUUGUCGCUAACAUGAGUCUAGUUUACGAGUACGAUACGGAAGCCGACUCGAACGAAACGUCAACUCCUUUGUCCUUAGCCGCGCGCUUUCAAGCAUACGGUCGGCAACAGCUUCCGGUGAUUGUCAGACGGCAACUCGAAGAACACUUCGAGCCAAAGAUUAGAGAUCAGAUCGAACAAGCUAUACGUGUAGGAAUCGAAGAACUUAUCGCUACCUUCAUUCGCGACGAGGUUAACUCCAACGUGAAUAAUGCUGAUGUUGCACCCGAUGCUCCAGUUUCCAUGUCAGAGCAUCUACCAACUCGUCCGACGCACCACCUAGAAGCUCCUGCCCAGAGCUUAGGGUUCGUACCUCCUCAAGUCUCAGUGGAUCUAAACAUACUACCUGAUACUGCGUGGCCUGACUUCCCGAAUCCUUUGGACACAAUGGGCGACUCCGAUCUGUCAGCCUUCUUACAUGAUCCAACUACGAGAGAAAAUUAUUCUUUUGAACCUUCCGACUCCUUCCUGAAUCUUCAAACCUUGGCUGGACAUGAGAGUGGACCUUCACACCAAGUCGACUCAAGACCCGAAGAUUCUCUUUCAUUGAAUGCUCUGCAUGAGGACGAACCAAACGAGGCGUUUUGGGAUGAAUUACUAGAUGACUUCACAGACGGCGGUCCUCCAUGGCAAAAUUACGCGUCGGAGGAGACGCAACCGGGGCUUAAAAUUAUCCUUGAAGGAGAACUGAGCCAGUGCCGCCAGGCUGGGUGGGCCCCAUGAGUGGAUAUAAUGUCAGUUGUCUUCGUCGCACAGCAACACGCCACACGUAUCGAUUAGAAACGGAGUCUGAUCAUUUAUGACGCGGUUUGCUAUCAUCUUAAC